CCCCCUCCCUCUCCCCCUUACCCUUCCAUGGGACCUCCAUCAGACCCAGAGCCCACCAUCAACGCCACCAGCUUCUGGAGAAACUGCAUCAUGGCAGGAUGCACACAGGCCAUAUUCACUGGUUUCAUGAAUGAGAUGAACGAUAUCUUCAGCAGGAUUCAGUCAGACCAGGCCAGCCAGGAGGAUUAUGAUUUUGCACUUUCAGUGAUGACGGCCUCUGGAAAACUGGCAGAGCUUAUGGCCAAACAGCAGGAAGAGAUACAAAGAAAACAAGUGGAGCUGCAAAAGGCGGCAGCAGUUAUGGAGAAGGUCAUCUCAACACUGAGAGGUGUCCAUCAGCAGCUACAGUAAGAACAUGAAUAUCUACGUUUACAGUGAACUUCCUUUUGGACUGUGAGUUCCACUGUUGUUUUGUAUUUCACAUUACUCACAUUGACACUUUAAGCAUUUUCUACAAACUGUAUAUUUGUGGUUUUAUGGUUUUGUCUUAAUAUUUAAGACGGUGGGGAGGCCUGAAUGUAGAAAUACAAAACUGCACCAAUAUUUGGCAUUCAUCAUUCAAAAAGCAAAUUAAUUAAUUAAAUUGUUACAAUAUGAUCUCAGAUUUCAGCCUGUGAUCGUGAUGCUUUUACAAAUGAGUUCUACAUAGUGACAUUCCCUUUAGGAAAGAUGUUAUAUAUGAAAUAUAUUUGAAUUCAACAAAAGCAAGAGGUUUUAUCAUUUAAAUCAUGAACUAAACAGGAAGAACUGGAAAGACUGUGUGCUGAAAAUGUUCCACAUCCAACCCUAUGAACUGAACCAAGUAUGCCUGAACUCUUGAAAUGUUGAAAUUGUGAAAAUAACUUCUUUAACAUACAUAUAUUUUGUUUAUGAUGUUGAGCUAUUUUAUUGUUUAACAUGUGUUUUAUAUAUUUUUAUAAUUGUGAAUGUUGAAAGAAAACCCUACUUAAAUGUGCAUGCAGAAAGGAUAAAUGUUUUAAGACAUGAUACACAUUGUAUAGAAUUGUUCUCUUUUCUUUUUAUGAAUAUUUUUUAAGAUCAUUGCAGCUCAAACUGCUACUAUUUACAGUAACCCUUCAGCUUUUUGUUCCAUGAAUCAGUGAGUGUCCCAACAGGUCUGAUGCUUUUUUUUACUUGAUUUAACAAGUUAACUGUGAGUAAGAUUAAGUUCAAAGUAAUAAUCAAAGGACAGGAAGAGCCGAAAUAAUACUGCAGUUUACAGUUGAGUUUUCACAAGGAGGUCCAGAAGUCUUUUUUUUUUACCUUAUUGUUUAGUCUUGUUGUACAGGUUAGAUUUUUAUGGAGUAAAACUGGUAAUUUAUGCAAAACAUGUCAGUGUAUGUUUCUUGUCCUCCUUGUCUUUAAGUCAGAUAUCAUUCAAUUUAAAAACUCCCCUGAUAGUGUUAGUGUCAAAGAAAAACUAAAGGUUGUUCGUUUUCUUAUCAAAGAAAAUGAGUUUAUUUUUGAAUUAUCUGAAGUAAUUUCCUCCGUUACAAUUAGGGGUAAGAUUAGAGAAUUUUAAUAUUAUAGCCAAAGGAGAUCAUUCAUCUUUCCCAACCUUUUUAAAGAUUUGGGAAAAAGAUCUGGGGAUGGUUUUAGACGAAAAUACCUGGUUAAACAUUUGUGAAAGAAAACAUUUUACAUUCACAUGUAACAACAUCAAGGACAUUAAUUUCAAGUUUAUCCAUAUAUUUUUUCUCACUCCCAUAUAAAUGCAUACAAUUUCCAAAGACAAUAAAGCUGACUGUCCGAGAUGCGAAACUGAAGAAGGAACAUUCAUGCAUAUGUUUUGGCAAAUACUGUUAAAACAUUUCUGGAAUUCGGUUCAUUCAUUCACAACAUUGGUCCUUGUAUUUAUUAAAGGAUAUGCCAGAUUUCCAAUUA